AUGGCUAUGCGACCAGUGACGAACAUCACUGUUCUUGAGUGUUGGAAGCGGAUUCAUUUUGCACUUUGGAGAGUACAAAAGGGAGUUAUGAAUCUAAAUGGCAAUCUAUGGGAAGAUCGUUUUGACGAUGUGGUUGACCAACUACAACACGGUAUCGAUAUAAGUUACCUUAAUUUUACAAUAGUUAUUUACCUUAACAAAGAAAUUUGUCAAACAUUUUAUCUUAUUUUCCUUUUAGAGAUUUGCUGGGCCAUUACUUCCUCAGAGCUAGUGAGCGUCAUAAGAUCUAUAAUGGGUCUAGACACCGAAAGAGUUAACUACUCGGCCCAGUACUUGGUGGAUUUCACAAGACCCCAUUUACGACUUAGGGAGAGAGAGGGCCACUAUUGUUACACCUGUCACGUUGAGGAGGCCUUGAAAUAUGUGGAAACGCAUGGCAUUGAAACUCAAAAUAUACGCCCUUUGCAGUGCAAGGCAAAUGUACAAGAAAAAAGUUCUUCAGCUCGACUAGGAUACAUCGGUAAUGUGGUGAAAGUGCGUGGACUUGAAGCUGCUCUUGAAGUAGUAGAGCGCCAUCCCGUGGCUACUUCUAUUCCUAUCUUCGAACCGGAGUACAGUCUAAUUGGAGAGAAAAUAUACCGUGGCCCUACUUCUAGGUUGUCAAAGUAUAAAUCCAUGCAUGCAGGAAACAUUACCGGUGGAGGAGUCACCGAUGACGGUGAGAAGUUUAUCUGGUUUAGAUCAAGCCAUGGUAAAGAGCUGGGUCGAUUUGGAUACCUGAAAGUUUCAGUGGAGAUGAUGGGGUGUUGUCUUACCCGUAAUGAACAUGAUGAUUUUAUUGAACAUCCAUUUCCUCUCGUUUCUCAAUUUGUGUAUCCAGAGAUGUUGUCUCAAGCUGAAGAAGAUGGGAAGCGAAGAAGGAGGGAAGAAGAAUUCCGAGCAAAGAAAAGGCAGAAGAUCUAG